GUUGAUUAUUUUGGUGCAACGUAUCUAGCGAUAGGUGGCGCUAAUGAACCUAUACAUCUGCGAUCCGCAGCCAUGAAACAAAAUUAGAAGUAGCCAUCACAAUCACCAGCGCAACGCAACGCCGAGUCUUCAGAGCUUGAGACAACAAGAUUAUCAAUGAUAAAGUCUAAAACAGGAUCUACAUCCUCCACUGGGGAUGAAUCUGCUGAAAUAUUAGAUUAUUUAACAGCAAAUAAAACAACAAUUUUCUUCUCCAACCACAUAGCAAUUCUCCUUCAGUGAAGCUCAUAUUACUUUGUCAGUAAUUGAUGAAAUAUCGCCAUCAACCAGCAAGUGAAGAAUAGUUUAUGAGGGCACAGUGAGAAUAUGAGUGAUCCAGAAUCCUGCACAAUAAAACUGGAAGAUGUUGAAGAACAAACAGUUUUAGACCUGCUGAAUGAAAACAAAGAGAAGGAAGAACCGACUAAAAGUGGAGAGAAAAAUGACAUUAAAUCCGCAGAAAAACUGCAGGAUCCCUUAUUGAAAGUAAAAGACAAUCUAUCUUUCACAUGCCUUCAGUGUAAAAGGAACUUUUUGUGUGAGGAAAGUCUUAAUCUUCACAUGAAGAUCCAUAGAGAAGUGAAGCCACACACAUCUGAUCAAUGUGAGAGGAUUCCCACAGAAGAAGAAGCCCUUACGGAUAACAUGAAAAUCCACACUGAGGAGGAUACAGUCGGAAAGAAAGCGCACACAUGUGAUUUAUGUGGGAAGAGUUUUCGUAAAACAGGUGAUUUAAACAUACAUCAGAAAAGGCACAAAGGUUUGAGGGAUCAUGUUUGCUCCGAGUGUGGCAAGACCUUUUAUACAAAAAGCUGUUUAAAAAAUCACCAGAAAGUUCACUCUACAGAAACGCCUUAUAAAUGUUCAUACUGUGAGAAAAGAUUCAAACGGUCAAUAUAUGUGAAAAUACAUGAGAAAAUCCACACUGGAACACAGCCGUACACCUGUGAUCAGUGCGGGAAGAGUUUCAGAUAUAAAAGAGCUCUAGGCAUACACAGCACAAUCCACACCGGAGAGAAGCCGUUCACAUGUGAUCAUUGCGAGGCGAGUUUUGCCAGAAAGGACAGCCUUGCUAAUCACAUGAAACUCCACACCGGAGAGAAUAUGCACAAAUGUGAUCAGUGUGGGAAAAGUUUCAGAAGAUACGAUGUUUUUAAAGCACAUCUGCUUAGUCAUUCUAGAGAAAGAAUCUAUAAAUGCGACCAGUGCGAUAAAAGCUUUUUUAGGCUGGAUUUCCUGAGGGACCACCUAAAAAUUCAUACAGAUGAGAGGCCAUACGUGUGUUAUUUGUGUGGUAGAAGUUUUCGCUUUAUGAGUGCAUUAAAAUCACACCAGAAAAGGCACGACGGUGUGAAGGAUCAUAUUUGCUCUGAGUGUGGGAAGACUUUCAUUACAUAUAAAGCCUUAAAAGCACACCAGUCAACUCACUCUACAGAAACGCCUUAUAAAUGUUCACACUGUGACAAGAGUUUCAAAAAGUCACAAUAUCUGAAAAUACAUGAGAAGAGCCACACUGGAGAACAGCCAUACCAGUGUAAUUUAUGUGGGAAAAGGUUUACUUAUUCUACUUCUCUGUACGGUCAUAAAAAACGUGCAUGUGUGAAAGCACAGUAAGUAGUUUUGAGUUCUGAUUCUGUGUAUUUUCAUGUGAUUCUGCCUAGAGUUAAUAAUUUUUUAUAAUUGACUAGCGGAGCAUAACCAGGUAUGAAGCCGAGCAUCUGGUGAUGUCUAUGCAUUCCAGACUUGAGGCUGUAAUUUACUGCAAAGGAUUUGCAACCAAGUAUUAAAAAA